AUGUCAAAUCCGUUCCAAAACAUUGGCCGUAACGCUGCCUGUUUGACCGCUGUAGCUAUCGCAUCAGUGAUAGCGGUCAAAAGUAACGUUAGAAAUAAGAAGGAAGCUAACUAUGCACCACCUGCAAGAGUUACUUCAAAUCAAGGUAAGUUUAAUGAACACUACGAUAAUAUUGCAGAGGUUCGUCCUGGAUUCCCACUACAGGAAGAAGGUGAAAGACGUGAGCGUAAAAGCGUCUACGAAGGUCCUGGUUUAAGCAGAGAAACUAGGAAAAAAGGUGAUAAACUAGGGUUCUUUGACAGAUGGUAA